GGGACCUUCGCGCCCCGCCCCGACUACACCCGUCGCUUUCGCAAAGUCGAUCCCGACUGGACACCGGACACCACUCAAUGGACGUGGGACAGCUCCUGGCCGAAUCAGAAGCACCUCUCUGGCGAGGAAUGGAUGAACGUAGGGAGGAACGCACGCAAGGAGUGGUUCGACGAAGAGGAGGACGACGGCGUAGAUUGGGAGUUGUAUGGAGACGUCGGUACUUGUAUAAGUAGUUGUACCAUUAGUCGGUCGAACCCUAAGUUCGACCUGGUUAUUCAUUCAAGUCUCUGCUCCUCCUCACUUGGGGUAGUGGUCAUUCUCGACUUCCUCGCUCGAUCUUCAGGACGACGCACUGUCCAUAAGUCCUCGCUCAUUGUCUACGAGUCAGGCAUCAAUACAGGAGUACAGACCGUUGUAUCAGUUUCGGCCUAA